AUGGCAUCAACUUAUGAUGUCGGCACAAAAGCCUGGCAGCCUGAUGCUGCUGAGGGUUGGGUAGCUUCCGAGCUUACCAGCAAAACUGUCGACGGCAGCAAGGUGAAGCUUGUCUUCACACUUGAAAAUGGCGAGACAAAAACAAUCGAAGUCUCUAGUGAAGGCUUGCAAAAUGGCUCCGACCCUGCCCUGCCUCCCCUGAUGAAUCCAACCAUGCUGGAAGCCAGUGAUGACCUGACGAAUCUAUCGCACCUCAACGAGCCAGCUGUGCUACAAGCGAUUCGGCUACGGUACAUGCAAAAAGAAAUAUACACAUACAGUGGAAUCGUCUUGAUUGCUACAAAUCCAUUCGCUAGGGUAGACUCGUUAUAUGUCCCUGGCAUGGUACAGGUAUAUGCCGGUAAACACCGUGCUUCCCAAGCACCGCAUCUAUUUGCAAUCGCUGAGGAAGCUUUCAUGGAUAUGGUCCGAGAUGUCAAAAACCAAACCAUUGUCGUAUCGGGUGAAUCUGGAGCUGGUAAAACCGUCAGCGCCAAGUACAUCAUGCGAUACUUUGCCACAAGAGAAUCACCCGAUGAGCCAGGCCGCGCUAAGCGAGGCGCAGAGUCCAUGAGUGAAACCGAAGAACAGAUCCUGGCUACCAAUCCUAUCAUGGAAGCAUUCGGUAACGCUAAAACGACCAGAAACGAUAAUUCUUCCAGAUUCGGUAAAUACAUCGAAAUUAUGUUUGAUGACAAGACGAACAUUAUCGGUGCCAAGAUCAGAACAUAUCUCCUCGAGCGAUCCCGUUUAGCCUUCCAGCCUGCCAAGGAGCGAAACUAUCAUAUUUUCUAUCAACUUGUUGCUGGCGCCUCGGAGAAGGAGAAAGAAGAAAUGAGCAUCUUUCCUGUUGAACAAUUCGACUACUUGAACCAAGGCAAUAGUCCUACCAUCGAUGGCGUUGACGAUAAAGCUGAAUUUGAAGCUACCAAGAAAAGUCUUCAAACAAUUGGCGUCUCCGAGGAAAAGCAAGCGAGCAUCUUCAAAAUCCUGGCUGCGCUCCUACAUUUAGGAAAUGUCAAGAUCACGGCUUCUCGAAAUGAUAGCGUUCUCGCUCCUACCGAACCUUCGCUGGAACUUGCUUGUACCAUUCUUGGCGUCAAUGCUACUGAGUUCUCUAAAUGGAUAGUUAAAAAGCAGCUCAUUACGCGAGGUGAAAAGAUUACAUCAAACCUCAGCCAAGCACAAGCAAUUGUCGUUCGAGACUCAGUCGCCAAAUUUAUCUACUCAAGUUUGUUCGAUUGGCUCGUGGAAAUUAUCAACGAGAGUCUUGCAACAGAGGAGGUCCUCAAUAGAGUCAAAUCAUUUAUUGGUGUUUUGGAUAUUUAUGGAUUCGAGCACUUUGCGAAGAAUUCGUUCGAACAGUUUUGCAUCAACUAUGCCAACGAGAAGCUCCAGCAAGAAUUUAAUCAACACGUGUUCAAGCUCGAGCAGGAGGAGUAUCUCAAGGAGCAGAUUGAUUGGACCUUCAUUGAUUUCUCGGAUAAUCAACCUUGUAUUGACUUGAUCGAAGGCAAAUUGGGUGUCCUUUCUCUUCUCGACGAAGAGUCGCGACUACCGAUGGGUUCUGACAAGGGUUUUGUAACCAAACUGCACCAAAAUUACGCAUCCGACAAAGCACAUCCCUUCUUCAAAAAGCCCAGGUUUGGCGAUUCUGCAUUCACGGUGUGUCAUUACGCCGUCGAUGUCACGUAUGAAUCUGAAGGCUUUAUCGAAAAGAAUAGAGAUACUGUACCCGAUGAACAUAUGACAGUGCUCCAAGCCACAGCAAACCCCUUCCUGAAAGAAGUUUUGGACGCUGCCUCUGCCGUCCGCGAAAAGGAUGCCGCUUCUGCAUCAUCCAACGCUGUAAAGCCUGCAGGUGGCCGCAAGAUUGGCGUGGCAGUCAACAGAAAACCUACUCUUGGUGGCAUCUUUAGAUCUUCUCUCAUUGAGCUAAUGAAUACCAUUAACAACACCGAUGUCCAUUACAUUCGAUGCAUCAAGCCGAAUGAAGCUAAGGAAGCUUGGAAAUUCGAGGGCCCGAUGGUGUUGAGCCAACUUCGCGCCUGUGGUGUUCUCGAAACAGUCCGCAUUAGCUGCGCUGGCUAUCCAACUAGAUGGACUUACGAAGAGUUCGCAUUGCGAUACUACAUGCUCGUUCACUCUGGUCAAUGGACAAGCGAAAUUCGACAAAUGGCAGAUGCCAUUUUGAAGAAAGCACUUGGCACAAGCACUGGGAAGGGCCUGGAUAAAUAUCAAUUAGGUUUGACUAAAAUCUUCUUCCGAGCCGGUAUGCUUGCUUUCCUUGAAGGGCUACGCACGAAUCGAUUAAACGAGUGCGCAAUCAUGAUUCAAAAGAACCUGAAAGCGAAGUUCUAUAGACGCCGUUACCUUGAGGCUCGUGAUUCGGUUAUCCGAGCACAGUCAGCUGCCAGAGCAUUUAUGGCGAGAAGACAGGCUCAAGAACUUAGAACCAUCAGAGCAGCUACAACAAUUCAGCGUGUCUGGCGUGGUCAAAAGCAAUACAAGAAGUUCCAACAGAUCAAGAAGAACUUGAUAUUGUUUGAGAGCAUUGCCAAGGGUUAUUUGAAGAGAAAGGCUAUUAUGGAAGCACGCGUCGGUAAUGCUGCCCUUGUCAUCCAGCGCGCGUGGCGAUCGCGUUGCCAGCUUCGCUCCUGGCGUCAGUACCGCAGAAAUGUUAUCCUCGUCCAAAAUCUCUGGCGAGGCAAGACUGCACGCCGCGAUUACAAAAAGGUUCGCGAGGAGGCCCGCGAUCUGAAGCAAAUCUCAUACAAGCUGGAAAAUAAGGUCGUUGAACUGACGCAAUCAUUGGGGUCCAUGAAGGAGAAGAACAAAUCUCUUGCGUCUCAAGUGGAGAGCUACGAAUCUCAAAUUAAAUCGUGGAAGAACAGACACAAUGCUCUCGAAGUCAGAACUAAAGAACUUCAAACGGAGGCCAACCAAGCCGGUAUUGCUGUUGCUAGACUCCAGGCCAUGGAGGAAGAAAUGAAGAAGCUCCAACAAGCAUUCGAUGAGUCUACCGCUAACAUCAAACGCAUGCAAGAUGAAGAGCGCGAAUUGCGGGAGUCGCUACGCGAAGCGAACUCAGAGUUGGAGUCAUCAAAACAGGCUAGCAGUGAGAAAGACAAGAAUAACACUAGUCUGCGCCAAGAACUCGAAGCGCUCAGAGAUGCCUUGGAGGUCGCCAAACGAUCCGCGCCUGUUAAUGGAGAUAGCAACGGUGCUCAAACUGCGCCGGCCGCUACUGCAGGCCUCAUCAACUUGGUAUCUUCCAAGAAACCAAAAAGACGCAGCGCUGGUGCUGAACCUCGCGAUCUUGAUCGUUUCAGUGGCACAUAUAACCCUCGCCCAGUUUCAAUGGCUGUUGCAAGCCAUGCCCAUCGCCAAAACCUCUCUGGCACGACGUACAUUCCAGGAAUUGACAAUAUCGAAUCUGAAUUGGAAAGCCUCUUGGCCGAUGAGGACGGCUUGAACGAGGAAGUCACCAUGGGUCUAAUCCGAAACCUUAAAAUUCCAUCCCCAACUACCACCCCACCACCUUCAGACAAGGAAGUACUAUUCCCGUCAUAUCUCAUCAAUCUUGUCACGUCAGAGAUGUGGAAUAACGGCUUCGUCAAGGAGUCAGAGCGUUUCCUCGCCAAUGUCAUGCAGUCUAUCCAGCAAGAAGUCAUGCAACACGACGGAGAUGAGGCCAUUAACCCAGGGGCCUUCUGGUUGUCUAAUGUCCAUGAAAUGCUCUCAUUUGUCUUCCUUGCUGAAGAUUGGUAUGAAACCCAAAAGACUGACAACUAUGAAUAUGACAGGCUUCUUGAGAUUGUCAAACAUGACCUUGAAAGCCUAGAAUUCAAUAUUUACCAUACUUGGAUGAAGGUCCUGAAGAAGAAGCUCCAGAAAAUGAUCAUCCCAGCUAUUAUUGAGUCUCAAUCACUUCCUGGGUUUAUUACAAAUGAGAGCAACCGAUUCCUCGGCAAGUUGUUACAAUCCAACUCGACUCCCGCUUAUAGCAUGGACAACCUGUUGAGCCUUCUUAAUAACGUCUUCCGUGCUAUGAAGGCAUACUAUCUCGAAGACUCCAUUAUUACACAGACAGUUACAGAGCUGCUGCGCCUUGUCGGUGUUACAGCUUUUAAUGACCUAUUGAUGCGUCGCAACUUCCUCUCUUGGAAACGUGGCUUGCAAAUCAACUAUAACAUCACUCGUAUCGAAGAGUGGUGUAAGAGUCAUGAUAUGCCUGAGGGUACUCUGCAACUGGAACAUUUAAUGCAAGCAACAAAGUUGUUGCAGUUAAAAAAAGCAACGCUGAAUGAUAUCGAGAUUAUUCAGGAUAUCUGCUGGAUGCUUUCCCCAAAUCAAAUCCAAAAACUGCUCAACCAAUACCUGGUUGCGGACUAUGAGCAGCCGAUCAAUGGAGAGAUUAUGAAAGCAGUAGCGUCCCGUGUAACAGAGAAGAGCGACGUACUCUUACUUCAAGCUGUGGACAUGGAUGACAGUGGACCGUAUGAGAUCGCAGAGCCACGCUCCAUUACAGCUCUAGAGACAUACACGCCAUCAUGGCUUCAAACGCCUCGACUCAAGCGUCUGGCCGAGAUUGUCUCUGCGCAAGCUAUUGCUCAACAGGAGAAACUGGAUUUCGAUGGCGAUGACUUUGAUAAACACGAAGGAGACCUUGCUGAGGUAGAUGAGACGGAAGCGGAUGAAUAA